AUGCUAACAAUGUUCUUUGUGACUCUGGCACUGCUGGCCACAAGUGUGGCCAUCACUGGCGCCCAGCGAGACACUUACUGCCCUCCUCAGGAGAUCAUUCUGCCCUGCCGUUGCUCCCAGCGAGGGGAUGAAGUGCAAAUAUGGUGCUCUCAUUCGGAUCUGCCGCGCGUUCUCACGGGCAUCAAAUCCGUGGCCAAGAUGAUGAAUCAUCGACAGAUCGACGAGCUGAUUCUAGAGAACAAUCUGCUGCCAUCCUUCCCAGGCAGGGCUUUCUCGCCGCUGCGCGUCUUGCGGCUGAUGCUGCGCCACAACGGCCUGGAGCGCCUCUCCAGUGGCUGGCUGAACGAUCUGGAGGACAGUCUCGUGGAGGUGUUCAUUGUGGAGAGGAAUCUCCGCAGUGUCCCCAUCGACAGCCUCGUGGGCCUGCGGAAGCUCGAGGCGGUGACCAUUCAGAGUGAGAGUCUGAAGAGAGCUCCAGACUUCUCGAAUCUCCCGCGACUGCGCUAUGUGAACAUCCAGAGCGCUUCUCUCAUCGAACUGUCGCCGAUGGGCUUCCGACAGCUGAUAAAUCUCGACACGGUGAUCAUCACAGGCAGUGGGAAGCUCAAUCGCCUGGAGGCGGGAUUGUUCCACGAUCUUCCCCGCCUGAAGACCAUCGAUGUGUCGAAUAAUGGCAUCAACUGGAUUCAUCUGAGAGCCCUCGCCCGAUUGCCACAGCUGAAAGUGCUUCAGCUGAGCGGGAAUAGGAUCACAGAUGCCGGAAUGGUGGGCAGAGCGAUUAAGGAUCUGAGCAAUCUCGAGGUGCUGAAGCUGGACUCCAAUAGAAUCACGACAUUGGGCGAAGGAAGCUUCGUGGAUUUGCCAUCGCUCAAGGAAUUGCAUCUCAACAGCAAUGCCAUCACGGAAAUCCACCACGGAGCCUUUCAUCGAACGCCCAAUCUCAAGAUUGUCCAUCUUGAGAGCAAUUACUUGCGCCGCGUUCAUCCCGAAUCCUUCCUGCAGGCCUCAGGCAGUGGCGUUGAAUUGCUGCACUUGCAGGAGAAUGAAAUAGGCCGGAUAGAGGAGCUGAGAUCGCUUCUGGACGCUCUUCCGCGGCUGAAGUUCCUAGAUCUCAGUCACAAUAAGCUGGAGGUGAUCCCAUUUGGGGCACUUCGUGGUCACGGAACUCUGGAGCAAUUGUACCUGGACAACAACAUGAUCAGGAUGAUUGACAGGGACGCGUUCAUGGCAAUGCCAGGACUUCGUGAGCUGCGACUCAAGAACAACUCCUUAUCGGACAUUUUGCCAAUGCCUUUCUGGAAUUUGCCAGGCCUGAAGGGUCUGGAUCUGUCUGAGAAUCAUUUCCAGAAAAUAGAGCCACAAUUGUUGCUGGGAUUGCCAUCUCUCAGACGCCUGGAUAUGUCCAGAAACACCUUGAUUGACAUCAAUCCGGCGGCUUUCAUGAGAACGCCAAUGCUGGAGACGAUUGAUCUGUCCGGGAAUGGAAUUUCUGCCCUCCAUCCGGCGACUUUGAGGAAUCUCGAUCGCUUAUUCGAGAUUGAUAUCAGUGAUAAUCACCUUCAGGAGAUUAUUCCUGGCCUCCCACACGCAGUGGAGCACAUCACAGUGCGCAAUAACAAGAUUGCGAAUCUGGGACAAGGACAAACACUCCAUUUGCCCAAUGCGAGGAUGCUGGACCUGAGCGGGAAUAUGCUCCAGAGAUUGCCCAGAGGAACAUUCCAGCAGAUGCCACAGCUGAAGUCACUAAAUCUAGCGCAGAAUGGAAUUCUGGGACUCGAUGAUGAUAGCCUGGCGGGACUGAUGAGGCUUGAGAUGCUGGAUUUGAAAGACAAUCGCAUCGUUCAUCUGCACGAGAAGAGUCUGGCCACAAUUCCCACUCUAGUUGAUCUGAAUCUGCAGAACAAUCGCCUGGAGGAGAUCAACAGUCAAUUGCUGGUGAAUCUGCCACAGCUGAAGAGACUGGAUUUGUCCAGAAACAGCAUUUCACUGAUUCCACCCGAGACUUUCCGGCACACGCGAUCAAUUGAGGCGCUCGAUCUCUCCAGUAACAACAUGAGAGAACUUCCGCCGAGUCUCGCGGGAUUGUCUGAAUUGCGGGAAAUUGACUUGAGCUACAAUAAUCUCGCGGAAUUGCCUCCGGAUAUUGUGACAGCGUGGCGGAGUCUGGAGGAAUUGAGGGCAGCUAGCAAUAAGGUCACAGAAUUACGGAGCGGUUCCUUCAGGAAUCUGCCCAUGCUGCAGUAUCUCGAUGUGUCCAGCAAUGAGAUGCGCAGCAUGCAAUUGGGUGCCAUCAGGAAUCUCCCGGAGCUGCAGGAACUCGUCCUGGCGGAUAAUCACCUGCAGGAUUUGCCUGAGAGGGUGUUUGAGAAUCUCCCCAGUCUCCAAGCUGUUCAUCUGCAGCAGAACUUCCUCUCAACAAUCGCGCCAAGCAGCUUCUAUCGCACCCCUUCGAUUGUCUACUUGAAUCUCUCCACGAACAACUUCCGGGAUCUGGAGCAGACGGGAUUGAGGAGUGUGCGGAGUCUCGAAGUGCUGGAUUUGUCCAACAAUGGCAUCCGCAGAGUGUCUUCCUCACCACUGAGGCAGCUGGAUUGGCUUGUGGAGAUUAAUCUGGACAACAAUCGCAUCUGCAGAGUUCAGGGCGAACCCUUCGCCUCGAUGCCUCGCCUCCGGGUGCUGAGCUUGAGGAACAAUCGCAUGACUUCCAUGCCAGAGUCCACAUUCAGGAAUCUGCGAACUAACAUUGCCAUUCUCGAUCUCGAUGGCAAUCCGCUGGACUGCUCUUGCGGUCUGAUGUGGUACCGCUCGUGGUUGCUGGAGAACGAUUUGCAACUGCCUGGACCGCGCUGUCGAGACGGGUCAAUGCUGCGCGACAUCCGACUGAGUCGGUCAGAUUGCCAGGAUCUGGACUCACGCAACAGUCAGCUAAGUCUACCGUUGACCAAUGAGCACGGAGACAUCUUCGCCAGGCAAAUCGACGAGGGGCCUUGCGAGGAAGUCCCCUACGGGGAGUACCAGGGAAAUCUGCCUCCAUCUCCCGAAGAGAGCGACUACUUCGAAAAGUACGUGGACUAUCCGCUCAAUGAGACGCAUCCUCUGUUGAACACCUCAUCAGCUCCACCCUUAAACCUCUCGCACACUAUCCUCAACAUGAAUCCCGACAAUCUCAGGCCUCCGCCACCGCCUCCUGGUCCCGGCGCCGCCUUCACCUUCUUCGGCAUGCCACUGACAACCCUCGGACUGGGGCGCUUGUGGGGCCAGAGUCGUGGCAACACCGAGAGAUCAGACAAUGUGGGAUCACGAGGACGUGGCCGAGUACAAGUAUACCGGCCAGAUGAUCCUGAGCUGCUGAAGCUUCUGGGGAAAACCGCCAAGAAGCCUCCGCUGCCGGAUCCUGGAGCACCAGUGGCCAAGGAGAGUCCUCAGUUCUACCGACCCUACUUCCAGACACCCUUUCACGAGCCCGCUCAAGUGCAGACGGGCGGAUUUGUGCCCAUGCUGCCAGGAGUUGCAGGCGGAUUCAAACCCAUCAGCGAUCCUUUCAACGCCACAAAUUCCACAAGUAUCGAAGGAAAGAACUCCACGAGCGAGUCUUCCUGGCCAGAGGAUUUCCACGAGGAAGUGCCUCUGGUCACGGAAUCACCCAGAAGGGUUAUUGUGAAGGGACAGCCCGUGAAGAGGGGUCCAAUCCUCGUGGAAGCUGACACAGGAGAAACUUCAACUGGAGUCCACGACGAAGUGACCCGAACGGAGACACUUUCAGAGCCACCAGUGCCGACAACCACACUCUCUCCCGUCCAAGACGUCAUUUCCGAUCUCAAUGAUAUCUCGCGACAUGAGGAACUGGAUGUUCCUGUCCCCGAAGAUGCUGCUUCAACCUAUCCUCGCCCUCAGGACUUCACUAAAGAGCACAAAUUCUGGGAGAAUCCCCCAGACACGGCCAGCUCCUUGUCCGCCCUCGUGGCGCCGGGAGCGCAGCAAGGAGUCUUCAAGGGCCCACCUGGAAAGUCCACAAUCACGAAAGUCUUCACGCCAGCGCCGAUCGCUGUGCAGAAUCUGCCCGCCACCGAAGAGUACUUGCACAGUCAGGGACAGGACAAUGAGGUGGACUCCAAUGACUUCGUCACGAGCACUUCCGUGGUGGAGCCUCACAUUCUCGACCCCAAGAGCCGCUCUGACAUGGAUUGGUACUACAGGAGCUACAAUCAGACGCCCACGAGCCGAGAUUACGACUUCAAUCUCGAGAAUGUGCGACGAAAUUCCGCCCAGAAGAUCCGGAGAGACGCUCUGGCACUGAUCACUGUGGCGACAGUGCACAUCCUGCGGAGGCUCAUGUAAAUACAACGUGUUGUAGAUUUGAGAUUGUACAUAAGGAGGAUUGAGCAGGAAAUAAAUGUACCAA